AUGGCGAAGUUUUUUAGUCUGAAUACAGGAGGAAAGAUCCCCUCAGUGGGUCUUGGCACCUGGCAAGCGCAGCCCGGCAUCGUUGAAGAGGCCAUUAUAACCGCUGUUAUGGCUGGGUAUAGGCACAUCGACUGCGCUGCGUUCUAUGAAAACGAGGAGGAGAUUGGAUUAGCAUUGAACAAGUUGUUUGAAGAUGGUGUUGUAAAGAGAGAAGACAUCUUUGUCACCUCCAAGCUCUGGUGCACUGAGCAUGAUCCAGAGGAUGUGCCGGUGGCAUUAGAUUCAACAUUGAAACGACUACAGCUCGACUACCUUGAUCUUUAUCUUAUUCACUGGCCUGUCAGGCUGAAGAAGGGGACUAGUCUAAGUGCAGAGAAUGUGAUACCAUCAGAUAUCCCUAGCACUUGGGCUGCAAUGGAGAAGCUGUAUGAUUCAGGCAAGGCCAAAGCCAUUGGUGUGAGCAACUUCACUUGCAAGAAAUUGGGGGAUCUUCUCGAUGUCGCUCGUGUUCCUCCUGCAGUUAAUCAAGUUGAAUGUCACCCCGUCUGGCAACAGAAGAAACUCAGAUCAUACUGCGAGUCCAAGGGAAUCCAUCUGAGUGCUUACUCUCCAUUAGGCUCCCCAGGAUCAGAAUGGUUCAAGAACAGCAGCGUGCUAUCGCACCCUAUUAUUACUGAGAUUGCAGAAAAACUAGGGAGGAAUCCUGGACAGGUUGUUCUUCGCUGGGGGAUACAGAUGGGUCACAGCGUGCUACCUAAGAGCACAAACGAAGUCAGAUUGAGAGGAAAUCUUGAUAUAUUUGAUUGGUCGAUACCUGAGGAUUUGUUCGCUAAGUUUGAUGAAAUUGAACAAGUAUGGACGCCAAGAGGCCAUUUAUUCAUCAGAGCUGACGGCAUCUACAAGAGUGAGGAGGAGCUCUGGGAUGGAGAGAUAUGAACAAGUAACAACUUCAAAAAUGUACUAGCGGCGUACUGAGCCUUUUUUAUCCUACGUAAACAUUCGAAAAAAUA